AAUUACUCCAAAAUUAAACUAUUACUGCGGACUAUUAAUUAUUUCAAAAUUGGAUUUCAAAAGGAUUAAAUGUAGGUUUUGUCGAAAAACGUACAGGAAAAAUGUGAAAACAUUUUAUGAAAAUUAUCAUUUUGAAUUGCAUACCAAUAAAAUUAUCACCUGGUGGACGUCAAACAUAACAUGCGAUUUUCUCGAAGAAGUUGUUUCUCUUUCCCCGAAUUAAACAGAUUUGUUUUUUUUAAAGGUUCAGAGAGGAGUGCAGCUGAUUAAUAGAUGACCGGUGUAAGACAAAAAUUGGGAAUGGAGCGAAAAAAUUCGUUCGAAAAAAUUUCGAAUUACUGAUUAGCUAUCGUUUCAUGAAUCUUUCCGCAGAAUAUUCAAAGCUGUGAAGAUAUGUACAGGGAUUCCUUUGAAAAUCAAAAAAUUACAUCAACGCCCUUACAGCUUCACAAGGCAAUUAAGUAGUUAUUGUUCACAAACAGUUAUUACCUAUUUUGCUGUAGGCAUUUUGCAUAAACAGCUGUUUUGAGGAGCAGCAAACGGCGUAAACGACGCUAAAAGCAGGAAACAUUCCAGACAGUCAUGCAGACCUCGUUCGAUAAAGCAUGGAAGUAUUCACUGUUCAUGAAGAACCCGAAAGAGCGCGCAGGAAUCUUUUCACGCCUCUUCUUUUCCUGGAUGAACAGUUUAAUGAAUAUCGGCAGCAGACGAGUUCUGGAACACAGCGACUUGUACCCGCUCCUUGAUGAAGACAAAUCGAAAGGCCUGACAGAGAAACUCGAGCAAACCUGGCACGAGGAAAUACGAAACUCGCACAUCAAAGGACGAAAGGCGCGGUUGUCCAGAGCGAUGAUGAAAGUUCUACCGUGGAGUGAUUACGCGCUAGCGAGCCUUUCUCUUUUUAUCGGCGUUGCUUGUAACGUUUUACAGCCUCUGUUUCUUGGCCUUUUGUUAUCCGUACUGUUGCAUUCUGGGACUGUGCGACAAGACCGCUGGCUGUUUACUUACGCUGGCGGGCUCUGCUGCAGUGCGUUGUUUCGAGUGCUGGCCAUGAAUCAGUAUCAAAGCAAGGUGGAUUAUAUGGGAAUGCGCUGGAGGGCGGCAGCUAUUGGUGUCGUUUAUAAAAAGAUUUUUAAGUUACGUCUUAAAGACCUCACGCGAGUCCAGCCUGGCCAUGUUAUUGCUUUGGUUACCCAUGAUGCCCAGCGUCUUGAUCAAAUCUUCCAGAAAGUGGGCUUCAUUCUGCAAGGGCUCGUAGAGCUUGUUACUGUGACGGCCCUGAUCUGGCGCCUUAUUGGGUUCCAGGCGGUGUCUGGGAUCAUUUUCCUGAUCUUUCUGCUGGCCUAUUACAUCGGUAUGUGGGAUGUUUGCAUGAAGCUGCGACUGCGCAUUGCGCGCUGGACCGAGCGGAGAAUGGGAAUGAUGAGGCAUAUCGUGAGCGGAAUCCGCACCAUUAAGAUGAACACGUGGGAAUGGCCUUACAAGAACAAAGUGCAAGAAAUACGGAGGAAGGAGCUGCAGUAUGUUCGGCAAAAGAGUGCCAUUCUUUCAACGUUCGCGACCUUCCUUCACACGAGCUCCAUUGUGGCGUGUUUCAUAUCUUUGACAACCCUGAUCAUCACAGGAGUCGAACUGAACACGUAUAAUAUUUUCAUGGUGCUGGCGUUCAUUCGGACAAUCCGUCUUUCCGCCUCUUCAAAGUUUGCCGCUGGCGUUAACUUCAUCGGUGCCGUAACAGGCUCACUCGCUAGGAUACAAACAUUUUUGGAACUUGAAGAAUCUGUUCAAUCUGAAGACACAUACAGCAGGAAAAGAACGCGCUCUAAGAUACGAUCUUUCUUAGAUUUGACCGACGCCGAAAUGUCGCAGUACCUUUCCGCCGAAGACUUGACGAAGAUUUGUAACGACAUCAAAGUCGGGAAAAGCGUUCCGCAAUACGAGCCCGCACUCAUCAGACAUCAUUCUCUCGAUAUCCCGGAUAACCCUUCCAAUGAUAUCCACGUGACCUUCGAGAACGUGUCCUGUCACUGGGGAGGCGGAAAUAAGUCGGUCGCCCUGAGAAACCUUACAUUCAGGGCGGCCACCAAAGAACUGACGUUGAUCAACGGUCCCGCGGGAUGUGGGAAAUCCUCCCUGCUGGCGGCUAUCCUUGGAGAGGUCCCUCCAACAGAAGGUUACAUCUCUUGCGUAGGAAAGAUCACGUACGUGCCUCAAAUACCAUGGAUUUUCUCGAACACGCUCCGGGAGAACAUUUUGUUUGGCAAACAGUACAACCCGUUCAGGUACCAAGCCAUCGUGAACGCUUGCAACUUACAAAAGGACAUCGACAAGCUUUCCGACGGCGAUCUCACAGUCGUGGGAAAUAACGGCUACGGAUUAACUGAAGAUCAAAAGGCUCGUGUAGGCAUCGCGAGAGCGGCUUACUCCGACGCCGAUAUCUAUCUCCUGGACGAUCCCUUCUGUGCUGUUGAUGCUAGAGUCGCUGAGCAGGUGUUUGGGAAAUGCAUAUGCGGUCUUCUCUCAAAGCGAAUCCGGAUCCUUGUGAGCCGGCAGUUACAAUACGUUGAGAGGGCGGACCAAAUCCUGACCAUGCGUGCCGGCACCAUUAUUAAUGAAGUAACAUCACAGGUCAUGGGAUACAGGUCCGUGAAGCUUCAUUCUCCCGGCGAAUCGCGUGAACGUGAAAGAAAAUGUCCCAGUAACAAGACGGUGGAGUUUGCCAUUGAGGAGGAAAUCCAGGAAAAGUACCGCACUCGCACGAACCUGUUUGAAGAAGAGGAGAUGAUGGGACCCGUGUCAUGUACUGUUCUUUGGCAGUACCUCAGGACAGGUGCAUGUCUUCCGUUCAUUAUUGUGUUCGCACUGUUUGCCUUCGUUGUUCAAGGAGCUAUUCUUAUCCCAGACAUAUGGCUUUUACGCAUGAGCGAGUCUGCCAUUCUGCUGGCCCUGGAUCAGACAAGCUGGUACAUUUAUGCUGCCAUGGUAGGCGGAGUCUUCAUGCUGUCUAUCAUGCGCGCGUCUUUUUUCUUUGCCACAACUCUGCGCUCGUCCGAGCGCCUUCAUCAGAAUAUGGUGGUCUCCGUUCUUCAAGCGCCCCUCUCUUUCUUCGACACCAAUCCGUUGACCAGCAUUUUGAAUCGCUUCUCGAAAGACAUAGGAUGUAUGGACGAGCUGCUUCCGAGUGUGUUCUUAGGUGCCAUUCAGAUGACGUUAUUUGCUAUCGCAGCGUUCCUCCUCCCCGUGGUCUUCAAUCCGUGCGUGCUCUUGAUUGGGUUACCGCUGUUCGUUUUGUUUCUCAUCUUGUGGGGCUACUCCCUCAAGACCGCGCGCCAAGUCAGGAAACUGGAGAUCAGUUGUCGAAAACCGGUGAUUUCUCAUUUUUCAGAGACGCUGACGGGACUGGUGACUAUCAGGACACACAGCAUGCAGAAAACAUUUACAGAGGAAUUCUAUGGUUACCAGGACUCUCACAGUCAAGGAUGGUGCACAAACACUUCAUGUUGGAGCUGGGUCGGGUUCCGCCUCGACAUAGUAUGCGUGUUGUUUAUGAUAUCAGUGGCUGCCGGGGCAUUUUAUGUAAAGUUAGAUGCUGCAAUCGCCAUUCUGUCGCUGAUCUAUGCCCUACAGUUGUCACAUGACAUGUCACAAAAUGGCGUCAGACGCUGCUUUGAAGUGGAAAACUACAUGAGUGCUGUCGAUCGUAACCUGGCCUGCUCUGCGAUCGACCCGGAGCCUGGGUACGCUAUUGAGAUUCAGCCGCCUGUACCAUGGCCGAAGGAUGGAGAAAUAAGCUUCGAGAGCAUCUCUUUAAGCUACAGUAGGGAAGGAUCGAGGGUGCUGAAAGACAUCUCCUUUACGGUGUACCCCGGGGAGAGGUUUGGCAUUGCGGGGAGACCAGGGGCCGGGAAGUCGUCUAUCGCGCAUGCACUGUUUCGAAUGGCAGAAUGUGGUGGCAAAAUAAUAGUAGAUGGCGUCAAAAUCAAUAACCUUGAUCUUCAAGCGAGUAGGCGUGGCAUGUCAAUCAUCACAAAGGAGCCGAUACUGUUCAUGGGUUCACUGCGCAUGAACGUCGACCCGUUUUUAAACCAUACAGAGAAGGAAGUCUGGGAAGUCCUUGAGAAGUGCCACCUAAAGUCCUGGGUUGAGAGCCUUCCCAAACAGCUGUACCAGGACCUCGCGGACUGUGGGGCGACAUUGGGGCCCAGCGAGCGACAACUCAUCUCUUUUGCGCGUGCGUUGCUGCAUAAGAGCAAGAUCAUUGUAAUAGAUGAGGCGUCCUCCACUGUGGAUUACAGAACGGACCGACUCAUCCAAGAAGUGAUUCGAACCUGGUUUUUGGAUAGCACAGUCAUCACUAUACCUCAUCGCCUGAGUACAAUCAUUGAUUACGAUCGAGUCAUGGUGCUGGACCGGGGAAAGAUUGUCGAGCUAGACAAGCCAGAAGUUUUGUUGAAGAAAGAUGAUGGCUACUUUGCUCAUUUAUAUGGAAAUCAGUGUCCUCCUUAAUUCUAAUUUAAAAAUCAUUAAAAUAGGAACAGUAUAAAGUGCUAUAAUGCAAACUACGAGGAUUUAAUUCCUAUUUACUAAAGUUGUCAUCGAUAACGUAAUUACAGUUGUCAUCAUGGAUACAAUAUGUGAAAAUCAGAUGACUUUUCAGGUUAUUCAGCUUUCAGUAAUUUAAAACUAUUUUCUCUGAUGCUGAAAACACUACUAUUCUUAAUCAGAUAUAAUCAAUAGCAUCAAUGAAAGGGUAUUAUUUUUUGAGUAAUAAAACUGUAAACAAUAUGCGCAUGGCUAAUGAUUCAACAAUGUUAUACGAUAGAAAUUAUUGAGAAGUAAAGUAAAAAAUAGUCGAAUAGAUUUGACGUCCUCUCUCUGUAU